CGUAAUGGCGGACUCGGAUCUGGCGAGCGCGACCGGGGGCGUAGCGAACUGAGGGAGGGACCGAAGGCAGAAGUAGUGGCCGCUACUGGAGGGGCGAGACGACCCUGCGGACCGCAGCAGCAGAUAGAGCGGGGCGACGGGCCCUGUAGCUGUGGGCUUCUCGCGCACCCAGGUUGUUUUUCAUCAUUCAGAACAUUGCCUGAAGCAGGUCCACCAUGCCGUUAGUAACGAGGAACAUCGAGCCAAGGCACCUGUGCCGUCAGACGUUGCCUAGCGUUACAAGCGAGCUGGAAUGCAAGACCAACAUCUCCCUGGCAAAUGUCAUUCGACAGCUGGGCAGCCUGAGUAAAUUUGCAGAGGACAUUUUUGGAGAGCUCUUUAUACAGGCAAAUACCUUUGCCUUCCGGAUGAGCUCUCUGGCUGAAAGGGUUGACCGCCUACAAGUUAAAGUCACUCAGCUGGAUCCCAAGGAGGAAGAAGUGUCACUGCAAGGGAUUAACACCCGAAAGGCCUUCAAAAGCUCCACCACUCAAGAUCAGAAGCUCUUCGACAGGGCCUCACUCCCAGUGCCCGUCCUGGAAACAUAUAACACUUGUAAUGCUCCUCCACCUCUCAACAAUCUGUCCCCAUACAGAGACGAUGGCAAAGAAGCCCUCAAAUUCUACACAGAUCCUUCGUACUUCUUUGAUCUUUGGAAGGAAAAGAUGCUUCAGGACACCAAGGACAUCAUGAAAGAGAAGAGGAAGCAGAGGAAAGAGAAGAAGGAUAAUCCGAAUAGAGGAAAUGUCAACCCACGGAAAAUCAAAACCCGUAAGGAAGAAUGGGAGAAACUGAAGAUGGGACAGGAAUUUGUGGAAUCUAAAGAAAAACUGGGGCCUUCCGGGUACCCAGCUAACCUGGUGUAUCAGAACGGCAGCAUUGGCUCUGUAGAAAGUGUGGACACAAGUGGCUACCCACCUCCACCCCAGGCCGACUCCAACUCUCCACCCUCUCCCUCCUUCCCUGAUGAUAGCCUGCCACCACCACCAGUGGAGUUCAGCUACCCAGCAGACAAUCAAAGAGGAUCUGGUUCAGCUGGACCUAAAAGAGCCAGUCUUGUCAGCCCAAGCCAUCCUCCACCAGCUCCGCCUCUUGGCUCCCCACCUGGCCCCAGACCCGGGUUUGCUCCUCCUGCUCCCCCACCUCCACCACCAGUGGUGGAAGUCCCCCCGCCACCACCACCAGUUGGAUUUGCAUCUCCAGUGACUCCACCACCUCCUUCUCCUCCAUCUUUCCCCCCUCACCCUGAUUUUGCUGCUCCUCCUCCCCCACCUCCCCCCCCAGCAGCCGACUAUCCUUGUCUUCCACUCCCUUCUCUAACUCAGCCUGCUGGAGGUGCUCCUCCUCCCCCUCCUCCUCCUCCUCCUCCUGGGCCUCCACCUCUGUCUUUCGGUGGCAGUGAUGGUCAGCUGGUCCCACCGCCACCACUUGCAGACAGCUCUGCAUCCAAACCUAAGUCAUCCUUGCCUCCUGUGAAUGAUGCCCGAAGUGACUUACUUUCAGCCAUCCGUCAAGGCUUCCAGCUUCGCAAGGUGGAGGAGCAGCAAGAGCAGGAGAAACGGGAUGUUGUGGGCAACGACGUGGCCACCAUCUUGGCCCGGCGAAUUGCAGUCGAGUACAGCGACUCUGAGGACGACUCCUCAGAGUUUGAUGAGGAAGAGUGGUUCGAUUAGCUGUGUGCUUCAGCACCGUGUCCGGCUCCUGCUCAGCCCACCCAGCAGAGCCCAGAGGGGCCAUCGGCGUCCUCCCCCGUAGUAACCAAAGAUGAGCCUAAGUGCUUUCUGCACACCUCCACUGUGUGUUUUCCUGUCUCACUUUUCCUUAAGCCUGUGAAAUCAUCAAGAACAUCCUAAUUGGUUUUCUUCCUCUGGUCUGGAGAGGCCAGGCGGGGAGGAGACCAAAACCUCAUGCUCCAUUCUCUUGCUAAGGUAGAUUAGAGUUUCUUUUCUCAGUGGAAGAAAGUGCCUUUCAGUGGGCAUCCUGGACAUACGCUAAACCUGUCUUGUGCCUAUGGGGUCUUGGUCUCCCAUAGCCCCUGCUCCAGAGCAGGAGACUGACCCCAGCUUCCCCGCCCAUCUGCUGGUACAGCACGGCGUGAAACCCUCAGGAACCAAGCAGGGGCUCGGUCCUCUGCUGUGAUCCCUGCCAGCCCUGGUGGCCGUGUCAGGAGUGGGGUGGCCAGGGAGACCGCCUUGCCAGAGUCCCCAGGGGAGCCUUCCAUUUCCAUUCUCAUGGAGUGGGUGCAGAGGCGCAGCCUGAGGCUGGUGAGCGUCACCUUCGGUGUGACUGUGUCAUGAAGAAGGAAAGGGCGCUCUUGUCUCUGAAACCUUUUCCAGAAGGCCCCUCCAGUGGCAGAGGGGUAAAGAACCCAGGGAGGACUAGCCAGGCUGGCAGAGCUGCUCUCUGUGUGACAUUGAAGAUGUUUUACCAGAGGGGACCAGGGCUGGGGCGGGGGAUUUGCCCCAGGUUCUAGAGCAGGAAAUCUAGGCCUGGCCCCUCUCCUUUCCUGCAGGCUUGCCUGCACCAGUCCUGCUCAGGGUCUCAGACUUGCAGACUUCCAGGAUAGUCCUUUCACCUCACAAAUUAGAAAGGGAGCCAGGAGCUCAGGAAUUGUCCAUGGUCCCAUAGGACCUGGCUGAUACUAGAACUCGGGCCUGGAGUUCCACUUUAGGGAUCUUUGAGUUCCUGUGUUUCUCCCACGAAUGUCCCUUCCGAGGGGUGGAAAGAGGGCAGCAUUUCCUUCUGGUCUGUUCAGCCUGAGACUUUGUGCUAAAUAGAAGAAAGAAUUCUUAGCGGGUGGAUACAGCAGUCUCCAAUGUGGUAAGCAGUCUGGAACCACCCGCCCUAAUCAAUAGACCUCUCUCCAUGCAUCCUAGGCAUCUCCCACCCCAAUUAAUUUUUUAUAAGUCUUUUAUCGCUCUUCCCACCUAUUACCUUUCCACAUCCCCCAAAUUCAGGGAAGACUCUGCCAACUGCAGAUUAUAGCCCAGCUGCCUUAAGGAAUCUGUCAAUGGUAGGGGUUAGGGGGCUAUGAAAGGAUGGAAGUCUUUUCUCCUCCCCAUGCUGGAAUGGAUGGUGUGGUCCCCUCCCCAAGAUUAACACAGACGGGCUGGGAAGCAGCACCGGCCUGAUGAGAGCAAACACCCCUCCCCUUCCUUCCCCUCCCCCCCACCCCCCGUGACCUCCCCAGCCCCCAGACUCCUGCUUCUCCUGUUUUCAGAGCAUUGAAACAAAGAGAAGCAGGCUGCCUCUCUCCAGUAGAGUCAGUGUUGCAGUGAUUGCCAAAGCCCACAGAAGCCCCUCUGGCUAGAUGAGGGUGUGUGUAAUCACAGGGAGAUUGUGCCUGUCUUCUCCAGUGCUACUCCUCUAUUUUCCUUUUCUUUGAACCUCAGGAUGGGGGAGUGGGCAGAGCUGAGCAGCAGCAGUCCAGCUCAUCUCUGAGGGCCUGCCCUGAACCCCAGCACACCCCAAAAUCAGGGGUCUGCUGCUCAGGUCUCCCCAUUCAUCGGGCUGGGCAGCCGCUUCACAGCCUUUUUCCCAACCUGCAUUUUGGAAGCCUAAGAAUGGGCAUUUGUCUCAAACCUCAAAUGGUCCGAGCAAUGGAGCCAGCCUCCCAGCUGCCAGGGAAAAGGCCAGGGUGGGGGGCUGGCAUUUCUCUGGGCCAAGAAGCCACCUCCCUCCCCUCAACCCAGAGCAAGAUCUGGGGCUGAUCAGGCCACUGUUUGUCCUUCCUCCCCCUCCCCCCGGCCCCUCCCUGCACAUUUGUGACCUUGAGAAGGGGCGGUGUUCUCUGGGCUUCCAGAAUCCACAGCUCACAUCUAUGUGCGAGCCCACGGCAGGAAGGGCUUUGGGGGAGGGGCGGGAGGGGGGGGCUGGCUGCCGAAGGUAGGAUUAGAUCAUUAGCUCAGUGACCUCCUAGGGUUUCGCUGCGCUGUGUUCUCCUUCUACAGCUGGCUUGGUAAUGAUCUGCAAGUCCCGGAGUGCCUCUGCACAGCUCUGCCCAACGCUCUCAUUAAAAUCUACGCAGCCAACCUCGGCGCUUUGUACCAGCAGCCGCCCGGCUUAAGCCACCCUGGCUGGUGGGGCUCCCAAUCCCAGGCAGCACAAGGGUCCUCCGGGCUCUGCUCAUGCAGAUGGGCCCUGAGAAAGAUCACAACAAAAAACCCCACUUUUUAUUCCUAAAAUUUGCUAAGAAAGGACUCUUUUAAGAAAGGACUCUAUGCAAUUAACCAUGUGUCUUUGUGAAUCUUCUAACUAUUAAAUGCAAAGUUUAAUGAUUAUUUUAGAGGUUGGUAGUGGGUAGGAGACCGGGAAAGUGACCCAUCCAUCCCAGCCAGCCUGGAGUGCCCGCCAGGGACAAUUCGCACAUUCCAAGGGAGUGUCCCUAAGGUGGGUCUCCCAAUUUAAAAGCCGCUGGGCGAUCUCAGGGGUGAGGGGAAGCUCAUCCUAAUUUAGAGCUUUCCUGAUCCCACAGGAAGGACCCUGUCCAGUGUCACUGAGGAGUCCGAGCUGGGAAAAAAUGGCCUUGGCUUUGCAGCGAUGGCUUGUUCAAAUCAAGGACUCCCCUGGCUCUGGUGACCCUGCCUCAGCUUUCUCCCCGUGUCUUCACCUGAGCCAUUGCAGCACCCCGCCCCCCACCGGCCCAGGGCAGCUCUUGUCACAGUUAUUCAGGGCCUCGUCAUCACCCUAAGGUUUGCCCCAGAUCCUGGAGCGACCUUUACUCAGGAACAGAGGGGCACUUCCUAUCUGGGGAGGCGGAACACCAAUAAUAAAUGACCUGGCUGGGGGAGGGGAAUCCGAGCAGUCGUUACAGACACAUGCUUCUCGUGUGCCUCAUCUUAGUUCUUACAGUGCCUCAAAGCAGGGUAGGGAACAAUUUUGUUAUUGCAUUAACUUUAUUCAGUUAAUUCACUUGAGAAACUAACCAAUUUUUACUUUCUGUCUAGAAUGAUGUAGACCUAGAAGAGCAAGCUGUAAUGCUCCCAGAGUGCCUUAUUUUCUCUGAUAUAAAUAUAUUUAUAAGGACAGAUAUUCCAGUGGUAACUCUGGCUUCUUGGGUGAGUCUGUCAUGCUGAGAUUUAGGGAGAAGUAGGUGUGGGUGGAUGUGUGUGUGUGUGGGGGGAAGGCACUGUUGCUGUGAGAAUCCCAUCACGCUGGGCAAUUGAGCUGGAUUCAGAAGUAUUUGCUGAAAGAUCCCAAUUGGAGGGGACGAGUCAGUCCACGGAAGCAGAGUGCCAUUUAACCCUUGCCCUCAGUGGCGUCACUGCCUACCCCCCACCCCCUUCCUCCUGAGCCUUGACAAAGGCACCCAGUUUUCCAGGGUAGUCCAUGGCUGUGUGUUUUGCCUCAUUUGCAGCCCCAUGUUUGUCUUCCCUUCCCCCUCCCCCCCAGCCCCAUUGCAAUUUGUAUACUUCCAAUGUAAACAUUUUAAAGACUUUGAUAAAACCUUCCUAGCCAAUCA